AUGGCGAAGACGUGGAGAACGCGCGCGUCGACGAAGGUUGUGGAGUACAUGGGAGCGACGCUGACGAGCGAUGACUUCAUCUCAUCGUGCGCGCCUUGGGGCGCGAUGUGCGUGACGCUCGGGACGAAGUACGUCCCGAUCGGGCUCCCGAGCGUGAUUGGGUCCGUGUUCUUGCUCGCGCCGAUGGUUUGGGCGUUUAAGGAGGUUCGAGCGAGGGAUAAAGAGAUUUUCCGACUGAGAGAGCGACUCGGGACGAACGCGGACGAGGACGCGUAA